AUGGGUCUGUACCGAAGUUUGUCGGUCACCACUCUGGCACUGCUUCUGGCCCUUGCCCUGGCUGCAAACGCUUGCCCGCCGAGCGAUCGGUCAGCUCUUCUGGCCUUCCGGGCAGCCCUGACCGAGCCUUACCUCGGCAUUUUCAGCUCGUGGUCGUCUGGCUCCGACUGCUGCACCGCCUGGCACGGCGUCAGCUGUGACCCGGAAACCAACCGGGUCACCGACGUCACCCUCCGGGGCGAGUCCGAGGACCCGAUUUUCGAGAAAGCCGGCCGGUCCGGGUACAUGACCGGCUCCAUCUCCCCCUCCCUCUGCCAGCUCGACCGCCUCACCACCCUAGUCCUCGCCGACUGGAAGGACAUCUCCGGCGAGAUCCCUCCCUGCCUCGCCGCCCUCCCCCACCUCAGAAUCCUCGACCUCGUCGGAAACAAGAUCUCCGGCCAAAUCCCGGCCGACAUUGGGAAGCUCAGCCGGCUCACCGUCUUGAACCUGGCCGACAAUCAGAUCUCCGGCUCGAUACCGCCCUCCAUUGUCAACCUCAACAGCCUGAUGCAUUUAGAUCUCAGCGGGAACAAAAUCUCCGGCGAGAUCCCGCCGGAAAUCGGGAAACUGUCAAUGAUGAGCCGGGCUUUGCUGGGCCGGAACCGGCUGACCGGCCCCAUCCCGAGUUCGUUGGCCAAAAUCGACCGCCUGGCAGAUUUGGAUUUGUCCAUGAACCAAAUAUCCGGUUCGAUCCCGGCUCAGCUGGGCUCAAUGCCGGUUCUUUCAACCCUCAACUUGGACAACAACCAGUUAUCGGGCGGGGUGCCCACUGCUUUGCUCUCUAACACGGGAUUAAACAUCUUGAAUUUGAGCCGUAACUCGUUGGAGGGAAAUCUGCCUGACGUUUUUGGCCCCAAAACUUAUUUUACGGCCAUUGACUUAUCCUACAAUCAGUUGAGGGGUUCGAUUCCAAAGUCAUUGUCGUUGGCUAAGUAUAUCGGGCAUUUGGAUUUGAGCCACAACCAUCUUUGUGGGCCCAUCCCAAACGGGUCACCGUUUGAUCAUCUUGAGGCCGCCUCGUUCGCCAACAACGAUUGUUUGUGUGGGAUGCCGUUGCAAACAUGUUAA